AUGUUUGACUUGGGUUCGUUGGGAGCUCUCGACGCAUAUACCGCUAUUGUCCAAGGAGAAUUCCGGAACUCGUAUCCUGGAAGUCACUCUAUCGCAGAUAUGGCAGUUGUCCUCGGCGAAGAUAUGCUCAAGGAGAUCUGUGCCACCUCCCUCGGAUCUGCAGGUCCAGCUAUGAAGAAAAAAAUCCCCUGCGGCAUUGGGACGAUCGGCCUCAUCAUCUCAGCCACUACCUACCUCCACGUCGCAGCUAAGUACCUCUCCGUGCGUUAUCCUGCGCAGCUCCCCGCAUCUCCGCACCAACAGCAUGGUGCACUCACUGGGCGACCUGGCUUCGCUCUUUCCCUUCUCUCCUUCAUCCUUGCUGAAGCCAUCCCGAUUAUUCAACUACCUAGUCACGUUGACAGCAUCGGUGUGCUUUGCUUUGCACCCUUGGCUAUUAUGUUGCCGGGAGCCUUGCGCCUGUACGAUCGCGGUUCAUACAGACACGAUGGCACCAUUGAACAGAAGGCGAUGUGGUACACGCGCAUCAUGCGUGCUUGCUGGCACGCGUGCGACUGUGAAGUCUAUCAUCGACGCGUGUGGAAACGCUCUUGCUGGUAA